AUGGCAGUUGAUCUUGUGGCUGGUGCUUUGCUUUGUGCUUCCCUUGAUGUUUUGUUUGAACGAUUGGCUUCUGAGGAGAUACCCCGGCUGUUCCAGGGGAAGAAAGUGAUUGUGGAGAAGCUAGAUGAGUUGAACACUGUGUUGCUAUCAGCUAAUGUACUGCUCAAUGAUGCUGAGGAGAAGCAACUUCGAAACGAUGAGGUUAGGAAGUGGUUGUUCAAGCUUCAAGAUGUCAUCUAUCAAGUUGAUGACUUGCUCGAUAGGAUUGACUAUGAAGCUCUGAGAUCCAAGCUUGAAGAUGAUCAUCAGUCUAGCAGCAGCAGUGCCGGUAAGGUACUCAUGAACUUCAUUAAGUCACCUUUCUUGUCCGCAUUUGAUAAAUCUGUUAAGCUUGAUUCCAUGGAGAUCCUUCGAAAGCUGAAGAUUCUGGUUGAUCAAAAGGAUACUCUUGGCCUAAGAGAAUUAGGUGCACUCAACAAACCUUCACCAAGGCCACUUGCUCCUCUAAUGGAAGAAUCUGAUGUGUAUGGGAGGGAUGUUGAAAAAGAAGCCAUUGUUGAUAUGUUGCUAAGAGAUGAUGUUGAUGGUGGUAAUAAGAUUUCUGUGAUCCCGAUUGUAGGGAUGGGUGGGGUGGGAAAAACCACUCUUGCACAAUUGGUUUACGAUGAUGAAAGAGUUCAAAGUCAUUUUGAGCUAAAAGUAUGA